AUGAGUCUACCGCCAAUAUUCUACCACUGCUUCAAAACGCCUUUGCCCUAUACCAAAGCACUCGUGCUGCAAGAACACAUACAUGCGCACCAGCUACUCAGUCGGAAAACGUCACACCAUCACAGAGAUUACCUGCUCCUCCUUGAACACAGGCCCGUGUACACUUUCGGAAGGCGGCAACUCGAGUCUUCCGAAGAGAUCACGUUAGAAGCCUCCCGCUUGAAGGGUCUUGGGGCAGACUGCGUCUCAACCAAACGCGGUGGCGAGACGACCUACCAUGGACCCGGCCAAGUCGUCGGCUAUCCCCUCAUAGACCUUGGCCGCACAUCUCCACCAAUGGGCAUCCGAGACUACAUCUGCAGGCUACAGAAGACCCUGGAAGCACACCUUCUGGAGGCACACGGCAUUCAGCACAUACCCAGCGAGCACACUGGCGUCUUCCUCGGUCCCCACACCAAAGUCGCAAGCAUCGGCGUCCAAGUCCGACAUCGACUCACAACUCACGGCUUCGCGAUGAACAUCACCGAGGAGCCUCUGGCGUGGUUCGACCGGGUGGUGGCGUGCGGGCUCACGGACGUGAAAGCUGGCUGCAUCGCAAGAGCCUCCAGCACGGCGCCCAACCCAAGCUCGAUCUCUGUGGCCGCCGAGUUGCCAGGGCUCAUCACGAGGUUCGGUCGGGUCAUGGGAAGGGAUAUGGUUGAGUUGGAUGUGUCUGCGGAAGGGGAGGUCGAGGACGCAAUAAGGGCAAUUGAGCGGGACGCGGUUGAGAUGGACCCUUGGCCCCGUACGCCAAUGAGCUGAGUUUGCCGGUGCGGGUGUCGCGCGUCGAUGGAGAGGUCAGUUGUAUACAGCCCGCGCAUGUGGUCGUUCCGGGAAGUAUUUGGGUCGAACCCUGCCUCUGUGUGCUGUAGAAGUUGAAAAGGGUUUGUAGGUAUCCAGUAGUUGGAUGCAUCCAAACCACAGGAGACGGAUGCAUCCAGGCUUGGCAAG